AUGUCGUCUCUUGAUACAAAAUCGGCACAUGAGACCACGUACUCUGAACAGCAGCCCGUGGAUCUACACAUCAGGGGCUCGUCAAGUUUGGCUAAUACUGCAAACACUUCACCUUUUCCACCGACAGUUUCGAUAUCAGAGUCAUUACAUCCCAUUACGGACCACCCUAAUCGUGCAAUAGAGGCUUUCAAUGAUGCUGAAUGCUCAAUGACACUCAGGCAGGGUGUAAGGCUCUACCCAAAAGCCAUUACAUGGUCAGUGUUAUUGUCAAUGACCCUCAUCAUGGAAGGAUACUCUACAAUCCUGGUACCCAACUUGUUCGCCAUGGGCCCAUUCAAAGAGCAAUUUGGUAGCUUGCAACCCAACGGGGACUAUGAGAUCAGCGCUACUUGGCAGAGCGCAUUUGUCAAUGGGGGUCUCGUAGGUCAGAUUCUAGGGCUCUUCGCUACAGGCACUCUAGCCGAGUACUUUGGAUACCGACGCGCUCUCAUGGCUGGACUGAUCACGAUGGCUCUUUUCAUAUUGAUACCAUUCUUCGCUACAAAGGGAGUAGUGUUGCUGAUUGGCCAAUGUAUGUUGGGGAUGCCGUGGGGGAUGUUUCAGUGCAUCUCUACAGUCUACGCGGCAGACGUUUGUCCUGUAGCUCUCAGGGCUUAUUUGACAACAUAUGUGAAUGCAUGCUGGGUACUCGGACAACUCGUCGCUUCCAUCGUUUUGCGCAGCAUGAUCACUGAUACCUCAUCAUGGGCAUACCGCACACCAUUUGCACUUCAAUGGAUUUUCCCCGUACCGAUACUCGUCGCCGUAUACCUUGCACCGGAGUCUCCAUGGUGGCUCAUCAGGCAAGACAAUUUCGCUGAUGCAAAGAAAUCUCUUCGCCGCUUACGAACCAAACCCAAGCACGUCUCCGAUGCCGAUUUCGAUGCUAGCCUAGACGCUACAAUGCACACAAUGGUACAGACGAACGAAAAGGAACUGCUGAUGCAGAGCGGGACAAGCUACAAAGACUGCUUCAAAGGGGUUGACAGACGACGAACAGAGAUUACGUGUAUGGUUUGGAUGAUUCAAACACUAUGCGGUGGCUCAUUCAUGGGCUUCUCAACAUAUUUUUAUGAACAAGCCGGUCUCGGCUCUUCAUAUGCUUUCAGUCUAUCGCUGGGCCAGUUUGCGCUUGGCCUUCUCGGUGUCGUCAUAUCCUGGGCUUUGAUGGUUCUCUAUGGGCGUCGCAGCCUCUACCUUUGCGGUCAAGUAUUGACUUUCGCCUUUGUCUUGUCCAUCGGCAUCUUGGCCUUCGCGGAUGUACCGCCUACCGCACUCAAUUGGGCUAUCGCUGCGCUGUUGCUAGCUUUCACUCUUACGUACGAUGCAACAAUCGGCCCUAUAUGCUACGCUCUUGUAUCGGAGAUGCCCUCCACGCGAUUACGCAGCAAAACCAUUGUUCUCGCACGUAACUGCUACAACGUCUCCGGCAUCGUCGCCAACGUCAUCACACCGCGCAUGCUCAAUCCCACAGCGUGGGGUUGGGGUGCGCGAACUGGCUACUUUUGGGCUGGCACAAGCAUCAUAGGUAUCAUGUGGAGCUGGUUCCGGCUCCCAGAACCGAAAAAUAGGACAUUUGGGGAACUGGAUGAACUCUUCGAAAGGAAAGUGGCAGCAAGGAAGUUCAAGAAUACAAAUCUGAGACCUCCUGAACGCGCGGUGGGUAAUAUCACGGUGACAGUUGGGAAGCGUACAGGAUAG